GCUCCAUAUAUCAACCUAUAUAUAACCAAUCUUAUCAAUAACAAGAAAUUAUACCUUGUGAUCUCCUGUCUACUAUGGCUUCACAAGCCAGGCAAAAGAAGCAGCCUCACUUUGUCUUAGUGCCACUUAUGGCACAAGGGCAUAUGAUUCCCAUGAUAGACAUGGCUAGGCUCUUCGCAGAGCGUGGUGUGAUGGUUAGCUUGGUCACGACUCCAUACAAUGCCUCAAGAUUUGAGUCAUGCAUUUCUCGAGCAAGAGAUCAAUCCGGACUUCCAAUAUCCAUUGUGAAAAUCCCAUUUCCGUGCCAAGAAGUGGGACUUCCAAUGGGAAGUGAGAGUCUUGACACCUUGCCAUCUCGAAAUCUGUUGAGGAAGUUCUUUAUGGCUCUGAGCAUGCUGCAAGAACCACUAGAAAAGUACCUUGAAGACCAGAAGCUUCAGCCAUGGUGCAUAAUCUCGGACAAGGCCCUCUCGUGGACUUCAAAAACAGCUCAGAAGUUCAAUAUUCCAAGGAUUGUUUUCCAUGGAAUGUGCUGCUUCUCACUGCUGAGCUCUCACAACAUCAAACUCUAUAAUGCUCACAAUUCUGUUACUUCUGAUUUUGAACCUUUUGUGGUGCCAGGGCUGCCCCAGAGGAUUGAGAUCACUAAGGCUCAGCUACCAGGAGCAUUUGUCACGCAACCGGAUUUGGAUGACUUCAGGGACAAGAAUCAAGAGGCUGAAGCGAAAUCGUUUGGGGCGGUGGUGAAUAGCUUUAAUGCACUUGAACAUGGGUGUGCUGAAGAGUUGGAGAAGGUGUUUGAUAAAAAGGUUUGGUGCAUUGGACCAGUUUCCUUAUGCUACAAGAGCAAUUCAGAUAGGUUUUCUAGAGGUAACAAAUUCUCAAUUGAUGAGAGUCAAUGCUUGCAAUGGCUUGAAUCAAUGCAACCAAGGUCUGUCAUCUAUGUUUGUCUUGGUAGCCUUUGUAGAUUAGUCCCAUCACAACUGAUAGAGCUUGGACUAGGCUUAGAAGCCUCAGGAAAACCCUUUAUCUGGAUAAUCAAAACAUGUGGGAAGUAUGAAGAAUUGGAGAAGUGGUUAGUGGAGGAGAGGUUUGAGGAAAGGAUCAAAGGAAUAGGCCUUUUGAUCAAGGGUUGGGCUCCCCAAGUUCUUAUUCUCUCAAGUCCAGCAAUUGGAGGGUUCUUAACUCAUUGUGGUUGGAACUCAAGCAUAGAAGGGGCAUGUUCUGGUGUGCCAAUGAUCACAUGGCCUCUAUUUGCUGAGCAAUUCCUUAACGAAAAAUUGAUCAUAGAGGUUUUAAAGAUUGGUGUUCGGGUUGGUGUGGAGAUUCCUGUUAGAUGGGGGGAUGAAGAGAAAGUUGGAGUGUUGGUGAAGAAAGAUGGGGUGAAGAAGGCAAUACAAACACUGAUGGAUGGAGGUGAAGAAGGAGAAAAGAGAAGAAAGAGAGCAACAGAAAUUGGAGAGAAGGGAAGAAGAGCCAUGGAAAAAGGAGGUUCAUCGCAUUCAAGCAUGUCUUCUUUGAUUCAAGAUGUUAGGCAAUUACAUGAAGCCACAGGUCAGAAGCUUUAACUUGAGCAUAAAAAAAUCAAUGUUCCUGCAGGUGAAACUUUGUUGCAGAUUCAGCUUGAACAUAUAUGGAUACAAGCAAGAGUCGCCUGUAACAGUUUCAAUAUAUUGUACAUAUUAGUUUCCUCUACUUUAACACAAUAUCAAAUUCAUAUCAACAACAAUAGUGCUUUAACACUAUCUUAGUCAAUUGCAACCACUAGUCAGUAGUGAGUACCCAUGUUAAAGAUUCUCACGUCCUUGAUUCAAGAGUCAAGUCAAGACAAUUUAAAGUCAGUAGUGAGUACCCAUGUUAAAGAUUCUCACGUCCUUGAUUCAAGAGUCAAGUCAAGACAAUCUACAAAAUUUAAAAUCAAUAAGGCAUUGUGAUGAAAUCAUAUAGUUAAUUUGAAUGUUUGCAGUAGAUCACAUGCAGCUACCAAAUACACAUUCAUACAUUGGGAGUGAACAGACAAUAAUAAAUAAGUUAAUAUAUACAUAAUGUGCUAGAGAAUAGGAAGAUUACAAGAUAUCCUAGUAGCUAAGAAGCAUUUUUCUUUUUGUUUCUGGCAAUACAUGCACGUUACGAGAAUGUCAAUCAAAUAUCAGUAUAUGACAAGCAGUAGAUGACAACAUGAUCACAUGCAGCUACCAAAUACACAUUCAUACAUUGAGAGUGAACAGACAACAAUAUAUAAGUUAACACAUAAUGUGCUAGAGACUAGGGAGAUUCCAAGAUAUCCUCACAAUAAAAAUGUUAUAGUAAUCCUAGUAGCUGAGAAGUGUUUUUUCUUUUUCUUCGGACAAUACAUGUAUGUUACGAGAAUUUCAAUCAAAUAUCAGUAUGCGACACGCCUGAGAGAGAGAACAUUACACAUACUAGCAAGUAUAAGUAAACUGAUCAUUGUGCAUAUGGUAAUCUUCAUGAAGGCUGAAGAGUGGAGUAUAAAAGCCAUUCAUCCCCAUCAAUGUAGGGAACAUCCAAAAAGGGUGCUGCUUCAGAUUCAUUGAGCUGCUUUGAAUAUGAGACCCUAUUUGUAUUAUUUGCUCCUGGUCCUAUGCACUCGUACUCCCCAUAAAACACUUUCCUGCAUUCAAAUAGUUAUGUAACUAGCUAAAGUAAUUCCAUAAAAUGUCACAAAAGAUAACUCAAAUCUUUCAGUUAUCUUCAAGUACAUUGAUGAAAUUUUGAAAACCAUGCCCUACUGCAACAAAGUUUAAGAGACUCCUCAGUCCUUAAGCCAACAACAUUCAACCACACCAAUUUCUUUCUCUGAUCUCUUUUCCUUUUUUCCAUGUCAUGAGUCAGCUACACCAGUGUUACGGUCAACCUCAACUAUCCACCCACUUCAAAAGUUGGCAAAAGCCCACAUUUUGUAGCUUAAUGUCAUAUCAAACUUGUUCUUUUCUGUUAUCUUCAAGUACGUUGAUGAAAUUUUGAAAACCAUGCCCUACUGUAACGAAGUUUAAGGGACUCCUAAGUCCUUAAGUCAACAACAUUCAACCAUACAAUUUCUUUCUCUGCUCUUUUUCCUUUUUUCCAUGGCAUGAGUCAGCUACACCAACGUUACGGUCAACCUUCUUUUCUGGUUAGC